CCUGGCCCAGCCGGUGCUCCAACUGCCACUCCCCUAACUGUCACUCAGAACUUCCUUCUCAGCCCCAGGGCCCGCCUGUCCUUGGGAUGACCACUGGCUCUGGAGGCAAGAAAGCAUUCUGAGGACCAGGACCGCCAAGGAGGAAACCAGUUUGGGUGUUCCGGCAUCUUUCAGUGCUUCUCAGCUGAGUGUGAGGACGGUUUUCCUCAGAGGAGCUCCAGAUUUUAUCAAAAAGAGAAAUAUUUCUUUUUCUCUUCAAAAUGAAAAUGGACUUGGAGGCCAGUGAACCAACAGACUUUAGUUCUGGAGGUCAUCAUCAUCUGGUUCGGAAAGCAGCAGAUAGUAAUGUCCAGAUCAAGUCUGGUCAGUCCUCCACAUCUGCACCUUCUGAGCCACAAAAAACUCACGGGAAUCCACAUUCAAAGAUGAGAGAGCGAACGGAUGUCUAUGUGGUACAAAUUUCAGAUGAGACCACCCCAGAUGAGAGCAAUAAUUUAGCCAGUCCAUUCUCAGAUGCAUCGAUCCGCAGAGCUUUCAUUAUAAAAGUGUUCCUGAUCCUGUCAGCUCAGUUGGUGGUCACUGGGGCAAUUGUCAGCGUGUUUCUUUUCUGGAAAGGUUUAAAAACUUGGGUGCUCAUGAAUGCUUGGUUCACCUAUGCAAUCUUGCCGGCAUUUUUUGUUGUACUGAUUGUACUUGCUUGCUGUGGGAAACUCCGCCGUCAGGUGCCUGCGAAUUACAUCCUCCUGGGAUUAUUUACAGUUCUUCAAGGUCUGCUGCUCGGAGCCAUAUCAGUUUUCUACAAUGCCGAGGAAAUCUUAUGGGCAACAGCAGCAACCGCUCUGGUGACGUUAUCGCUCACUUUGUUCGCUCUUCAGACAAAAUGGGAUUUCACGAUGUUGAACGGAAUCCUAUUUGUUUCACUCUUCGUACUUCUUAUCUAUGGAAUUCUCUUACUCUUCAUACGAUCAUAUUGGCUGCAUCUGUUGUAUGCUGGCCUUGGAACUAUAAUCUUCUCACUUUACUUGGUGAUGGAUGUACAGCUCAUGGUGGGAGGGCGCCACCAUCACUCUGACCUGGACCCUGAAGAGUAUGUUUUUGCUGCCCUGAACAUCUACUUGGACAUCAUCAACCUUUUCAUUUUUAUUUUGCAACUGAUUGGACUUGGACGGUAGUCAUAUGGCCAAGACUAGUUCAUGCUAAAAAGAGGGAAGGAGGGAUGCCUGUGACAUGUUGCCAGGUAGAGACAUGUGGAGGUUACCACUUUAUAAAACUUUUAUUUAAAAAUUUUUUUUAAAUAUUUAUUUUUUUUGUCAAAUGAAACCAAGCAUUCAGUAGAUGGUAGCUGUAGCUAUGACAUUUUUAGUUCCAUUGGCACAUUGCAAAACUUUCUGGGGAACACUUCUGAUUUUUAUAAAUUCAAGAGAUGAGUAUCAUAAUUACAUACUAACAAACAUUUGUAAGCUGUCCAUAACAUUGUUGAAGUUUACCAGGCAGUCUUUAAAGCUGUAAAUGACAUCUCUGAACAUGAAUAAAUUUGAUUA